ACGGGGAGGGAAGCGACGUCAUAGGAGCGCGCCGGCUUCCCUUCGUUUGGGCAAGGAGAAAGAAGAAAACGUCUCCCCUCCAGCCGGGCUGUGUGACUGCAGUGUUACCUGCUUGCAGAAGGAUUGAGCCUCAAUUUGUUGGCCCGUAUCCAGCCCAUCACUGCCUCCAAAGAUCUGUCUAGCACCUCCACUGCAUCUCCUGAACAGAGACAUAGAGUUGGGUGACAUCUGCACCUUGAUGGAGCGAAAAUCCAAAUUGCCGAAAGGAGAAAGGAGAAGAGAAGAUCUGGGUUUUGCAUCUCUGCCUAUUUACAGAUACCGGAGGAAAUUAGUUGAGGCUGUUCAAGACAAUUUGUUUCUUGUGGUGACAGGGGAGACGGGCAGCGGCAAAACCACCCAGCUUCCAAAAUACUUAUUUGAAGAAGGUUUUGCCAAGCAUGGCUUAAUUGGUGUGACACAGCCUCGGCGAGUGGCUGCCACAUCUGUGGCUCAGAGGGUGGCGGAGGAGAUGGGCUGCCCUUUAGGAAGUGUCGUGGGGUAUCAGGUUCGCUUUGAUGAGUGCGUCUCAGAGGAGACGUUAAUCAAGUAUAUGACGGACGGCUGCUUGCUGAGGCAGAUCUUGGCUGACCCGCAUCUUGCCAGAUACAGCAUUGUCAUCCUCGAUGAAGCUCACGAGCGGAGCUUGAGCACGGAUAUCCUGUUUGGCUUGCUGAAGCAAAUGUUUCACGGGAAGGAGCUGCCAGGCAGAAUGAAACCCCUGAAGGUGGUGAUCAUGUCGGCCACCCUGGACACUGACAAGUUCUCUGCAUUCUUUGACUGCUGUCCGGUGGUGGACAUUCCUGGAAGGAACUAUCCAGUUGAGGAGAUAUUCUGUGGUCUCGUGGGCCCAAGGGAUGCUGAGAGCCCUGCAUAUGUUACAGAGACCGUAAAAGUCACCUUGGAUAUCCACUUGACUAGCUCGGCCGGAGACAUCCUGGUUUUUCUAACUGGUCAGUCUGAGAUUGAGAAAACAUGCGAGUUGCUCUUCCAAAAGGCCGAGUCUGUUGAUUAUCGUUUUGACGUGAGGGAUUGCUCUGUUGAAGGCUUGCUCAUAUUGCCAUUAUAUGGCUCCAUGCCAACAGAUCAGCAGAGAAGGAUAUUUCUCCCUCCUCCUCCAGGAAUCCGAAAAUGUGUGGUUUCCACAAACAUCGCAGCGACGUCUCUGACAAUCGAUGGGAUCAGGUAUGUGGUUGACAGCGGGUUUGUGAAGCAGUUGAACCAUAACCCGAGAGUGGGCUUGGACAUGCUGGAGGUGGUCCCCAUUUCCAAGAGUGAAGCUUUGCAGCGAGCUGGGCGAGCGGGCAGGACGUCAUCCGGAAAGUGCUACCGGAUAUAUAGCAAGGAAUUCUGGGAGCAGUGUAUGCCUGACCACAUGGUCCCGGAGAUCAGGCGCACCAGCUUGACGUCUGUCAUCCUGACUUUGAAGUGCCUUGCUAUACAUGAUGUCAUAAGGUUUCCUUAUUUGGAUCGCCCAGAGGAGAGACGAAUUCUGGAAGCUCUCAAGCAGCUUUAUCAAUGCAAUGCAAUUGACAGGAGAGGUUACGUGACCAAACUAGGCGAGUUCAUGGUGCGUUUUCCCCUCCCUCCAAACCUGACUUGUGCUGUCAUAAAGGCUGCCUCUUUAGGCUGUGAAGAUUUAUUGCUCCCCAUUGCAGCCAUGCUGUCAGUGGAAAAAGUCUUUAUUCGACCAGGAGAUCCUCAGAGUCAAAAAGAAGCUGAACUUCGACACCAAGAGCUGUCCUUGCAAGCAGGAGGAUGCAACGACUUUGCGACUCUCCUGAAUGUCUUUGAACAGUGCAAAGCAAGCAAGUCCCCUUCGGUCUGGUGCCAGGAAAACUGGGUCCACUGGAGAGCCCUGAAGCUGGCGUUCAGUGUGGAGGGGCAGCUCCGGGAAAUCACCAACAAGCUGAAGCAGCUGCCAGGCUUUCCAAGAGAGCAUUUUGAUGGCUCCAGAAAUGAAAUACUGAGGAGAUGUCUCUGUGCAGGUUAUUUCGCCAACAUCGCCAGGAGAUCCAUAGGCAAGUCAUUCUGCACCAUGGAUGGUCAUGGCAGCAUGGUCUACAUUCAUCCUUCCUCGGCUCUCCGCGAACAGGAGGCCCAGCUGGAAUGGAUCCUCUUCCACGAUGUCCUAGUGACCUCCAAGGUUUACGUGCGGACGGUGUGUCCGGUCCGCUACGAGUGGGUCCAGGACUUGCUGCCUCGGCUCCACAAGAUCGACGCGUACGAGCUGAGCAGCAUGGCCCGGGAGGAAGUGACGGAAGAGGAAAUGGUCAAGUGGAGGGAUAAGGAGGAUCUUGAGAGGCGGAACGAAAAAACAACAGACGAGUCUGCAAAGAAACUAAAGAAGAGGAACGACGACCAAUCCAUAAAGGACGCUCGCGCACGGUACCUGGAGAGGAAGCAGCAAAGAACGCAGGAGUUACAUUUUUCUUCCAAGGACACGAGCUGACCCAACAGGGGUGGCCUUGCAUUGGCGGCACUCUGCAAUCCCUGCCACCCACCGGGAUGCGCAUACUUGUUUGACCAGGGUCUGCAUUGCUGGAGCUGGGAAGUGGAGCCUAGGGGAACUAGGACCCAGGAGAGCCUGAGCUGUCACCUGAUCUCUUGUGUGGGCGGAGCUGCAUCAUGGAGUAUAUAAGAACGGUCUGCAAAGGGAGGGCUGCUACAGUGAAGAGCCCCCCCUCCGUAGGUUGCACCAACUAUCUUUGGAGACUGUACUGUGAUACAGCCUCUGUGCCCUCUGACUGAGGCAGUUUGCCUCUUGCCUUCAUAGGGCAGAUUGGGCGGCUCAGAAACCCUCGCAGAUGCACGCAAGGAUGUUGCUGCAGUGGUUGCUAAGACAUGGGUGAGAGCACUGUGAAGAUGAUGAGGCCAAAUCACAGCAUAUCUAAGGUGAUAACUACAGUACAAACAUGUGCUGGUUUAAUAGCUGCGGCACACUCUCACAUGCACACACACAUGCACUGCUGUCACUCACACACCCUGUCUCAUUUAUACACCUCUCUCUAACACCCCCUCUUUCACCCCCACAUGCUUUUUCUCACUCCCUCGCAUGUACUUGUCUCUCACACACCCCUUUCUCACCCCCACAUGCUCCUCUCUCUCUGUUUCAUAUACGACAUGCCCCCCCUGCGUCUCUCACACACACCACAUGCUUUUCUCUCACUGUCACUAUCACACACCCCUCUCACACACAUCCCCUCACCCCCAUGUUUCACUUUCACAUACACCACACGCCCGUUUCUGUUGUCUUUCUCACCCCCCACCCCUACAAGCUUCUCUCUUUCUUGCACACCACCUGUCUCACACACCCCUGCUUCACCCUCACAUACACCACACACCUAUCUUUCUCUCUCUCAUACACACAACUCUCACCCCAAGCUUCUCUCUCACUUUCUUGCACACCAUCUGUCUCUCUCUCACACCCUCUUUCACCCUCACAUACUUCACUCUCAUGUACACCACAUGCCCAUCUCUCUCUCUCUCUCACACACACACGCCUCUCUUAUACCUCCACAUGCUUCCCUCUGUCACUCUCACACAUCACAUGCCCCUCUUGCAUACACAUGCCUCUCUCUCCUGCAUUGAAUCCUGGGAGUUGUACUUUUGAGAGAAGGGCUGGGGUUCUCUAACUGAGAUUUCUUUGUCUUACCAGGGUGGGGUGGAGGUUAAGAACCCCCAGUUUCCAGGUUAGCCUGGAGGAAGCCAGGACACUUUUUGAAAAAGUCAGUUUACUGUUGCUGUGUCGAAACUGGUCACAAAAUUGAUGGCAUUGUUCUGUGAUUGGGCAAGAAUGCCACUUGAAUAAACCCUGACAUAUUUUCUUAUAAAAAUGAAUGUAUUUAAAUAUUUAUAGUUAUUUUUUAUGCUUCUUUCUGCACCUAUUUAUAUUUUGGCAUUUGACAAUGUGACUUUUUUUUUUAAAAGACACAUCUCCAAGUUAACUGUUUAAGAAAUUUAAAAGCUUUUAUUAUGCAUUAAAAAAAUCUUCAUGAGAUAUUACUUAUACAGCUAUAUACUUCUUUCUCUAGUAACAGCUCUUGGAGGUAAAACUUCCAUGCACACCCCUUUUG